GUUGCGUUCCGUUUGUUUGCUGUUCUUUCGCCUAACAUGACUUUGGGGUACGUCCGUGGGAUCAUCUGAUGUUGCCUGUUGUGCUUCAAAGGCCAUGUAGUGUCUCAAAUGUGAUACAAAUGUUUAAUUUCCCUUGUUUUGAGUUGUCUUUUGUGCUUGUUCGUUUUAUUUCAAUGUAAUAUAAUGUGGAAAUGCCAUAAGUGCGGCAAACCCGUAUAUUUUGCGGAAAGAAAGCAGUCUCUGGGUUAUAAUUGGCACCCGGAGUGCUUGCGGUGCGAAGAAUGCGGCAAGAGGUUAAAUCCGGGCCAACACGCUGAACACAAAGGCGUCCCUUACUGUCAUGUGCCUUGUUAUGGGGCCUUGUUUGGCCCGCAGUUGUUCGGACACGGGACCAGAGUAGAGUCCCACAAGAGCUUCGGUCUACAGAAAGAUGUUCCUAAAGUCGGAAACGGGCCUUCGCUGCCCAGGGCCCAGCUGGAGGCAAAGCUAAAGGCUUAUAACCAGUUUUUUGAAGGGAAGAGUGGAGAGGUCCGCAGCCGGGAAGUGAACGGGCGGUUGAUUUUAGAGGGGUCGCUUAGGAUACACUGGGGGGUUCAGGGGGUCAUCCACUUGAAGGAAAACGACGAUCAGCGGACGGUGGUCACCGUCAGGAAGCGAAACUCGUACCGAAUGUCCGCAAGUACGGACAAUGACUCUGAUGAUGAUGUACAAAGCCUCUCGCGUGAUACAAGUUAUAAUGAUAUUUCUACAUGUUCAGAUGUUACGACUAGUUUAGAUAUUAGUGAGUUGAAGUCAGACACUGGGAUUGAAAGCGGGCUGGAUUCCACUGAUACAAGCACGGCUGAGAACAGCCCAACGACGCCCCCUUUGGAGGUCUUGCCCAAAAGUGUGACUUUGCCGUCGAAAUUGGACGUUAAAAAUUUGGAGUGGGACGAAUUGGACGAGUUGUUGCAAGUAGAGAGAAAAUUUGAUGAGUCUGACAAGUUAUAUCAAACAAUGCCCGUACCACUGCCCUCACAAUCAAGCACUGACACCAGUUCUUCCACACAAAGCAACGACAGCAGUACAAAAACAGAAAGUUGUGCUGAAGACAGCAGCGCCAAAACCCUCGACAGCGAAACGCUGAAAAACCCCGUUCCAAACGGCUCAACUGACGAGCUUUCGCCUUUGAAAAAGCCGCUCAGUAAAGAUGAUACUUGGCUUGAGAACAGUAACCACUUAAACAGAUCCAUGUCUGGUCCGGAUUGUUUGGGUCGAAUCCGGGACCCACAUUCCCCGGAGUUCGACAGAUCGUCGAUAGCAAGUACCGACAUAUCAACGAUGUCCGAAGCUUUAGGUGAUGUUGUUAUUCGGAGGCCUGCGAAAACUGGCUCAACGGCGAUCAGACGCCGACCUGGCAAACGAUUAUCUCGCAGUAAAGUGAAGCGAAGGUGUUCGAUAAAUGGCCAUUUUUACGACCGUGAGACUAGUUUUUUCACACCACCGCAUGGCAGUCAGAUGAGUGUUUGGGUGACGUCGCUAGUCAAUACGCAAGAAGUUAUAAAUUUAAUGCUAGAUAAAUAUAAAGUUGAUAGUGAUGGGAGCAAUUUUGCGUUGUUUGUUGUGCGAGAUAACGGCGAGCAAAGGCGGCUGAAGGAGGAUGAAUAUCCGUUACUAACACGUGUUUUGUUAGGGCCCCAUGAGGAUGUGUCCAAAUUAUUUUUAAUGGAUAGUCACAAUACUCCUGAAGUUAGUAGCGAAGUAGCACAAUUUUUGAAUCUCUCUUUAGCCGAAUGCCGGGCUAUUUUAAACCAGUAUUAUUCCCAAGAAGAGAAGGAAGUUGCCAGACUUAAAGAAAAAUAUCAAGAAAUGAGAAGGAGGAUGUUGUAUCGAAUGGAUGAGUUGAGGUCUAGUUUAUAAUUUCCACUGAUUGCCAGCUCUCUUCAGUCUACUUAAUUUCUCACUAUUUAUUAAGAGAAGAUAUAUGUAUAAUUGUGUGUUUUAUAUAUUUGUUAUACUUUUCCAUUUUUAAACGCCUAUUGUUGCUUUUAGUUCUUUCAUUGUGUUAAUUCACAUUAAUUUAGUGUCUGCAAUUUUUAAUAAAAACUAAUGAUUCA